AUGGCAUCACCUCAAAAUUUUGCAUCCAAGUUAACAGCACUUGUUGUAGAUGACCAUAAAAUCUACCAAAAGGUUCAUCAAAAGAUGUUGAAUAAUUUUGGAGUGAAAAGUCAUGUUGUGGAAAAUGGAAAAGAAGCCGUGGACAUUCAUUGGCAUGGCAAAAAAUUUGACCUAAUUCUCAUGGACAUGGAUAUGCCUAUCAUGAAUGGCAUUGAGGCAACAAAGGAACUUCGUGCAAUGGGAGUUUGUAGCACUAUAGUUGGUGUGACGUCACGCUCUACCGAAGAAGAAAUAUUAAAGUUUAUGGAAGCUGGACUUGAUGACUAUCAAGAGAAACCCUUGACCAUACCAAAGCUUACUUCCAUUCUUCAUAAGAUCAUCAACUCUAAUCCAAUUUAAACAUGUGGUGGAUGCAAGUAAUUGAAAAAUUUAUGUUAUAUAUGCAGCGCUAACGAUUUAAUAACUAUCUUUGUAACUCUAGAAUGUUUCAGUUUAUGUUCCUAUCUACUAUCUGGAUAUACAAAAAAAGAUGUACGG